AUGGACGACCAAGAGCUCCUGGACAACGUAGACGGCCGCAUGCAUGGUCCUAUGAGCUGGUUUAUCAAAAGAUACUUUGGCAACUUGCAGUGUGAUCCCCAAGAUGCCACUCUCUCAACUACCCCAUCACCAGACGAUUUCCUAGAGUGGUUUCCUAGCCAUGCAUCGGGAGAGUUUGACGGCGCUCGAGGCUCGUGGCAAAUACCCGAGCAUGACGACGGUGCACGCCUUCUCUUGACGAUACCAGCGUCGCCAGCCUCCGACGAUGGACUACUGCGUCUCUGCCGGUCCGCAUAUGAGGUCUUCACCAGUCAGCCUACGCGCCUCUUCUUGCACGGAUUCUACAUCCGCGGCUCACUGACCGAGCUUUGGGUCUUUGGUCGGUCUGGCCUAUAUUGCAGCGACGUAUUUGAUACUCAGAAGAACUUUGUCCAAUUUCUCUCUAUUAUACGAAGCUACCAGCGACUGACAGACCAGGAGCUGGGGAAACUAGCUAUUAUUGAGAUGGAUGAGGGCGGUAGCUAUAUUACCCUCGAUAGCGUAGAGAUUCCCGCAUUGGGAAAGUUAUAUCUCGAAGCUCAGCCAAUUGCAUCCCGCGAACGGCUUGUUGGCACUGGGACGACUUGCUACCGAGCCAGAACACCUAAUUCGGAUCGAUGGGACUAUGUUCUGAAGUUCAAAUGGCGUUGGGUCAGAGAUCGUCCAGAGGACGAACUUCUAAAGCUGGCUAGUAAGAAAUGUGUGUGGAGUUUGGUGUCCCUUGAUUAUUACAAAGAGGUUGAAAGUACAUCAAAUCUACGUCGAAGAAGCUGCUUUAAUGCUGCCGGACUUGUCGACUAUACCGAAGAAACUGGUGACUUCUUUCAGAACCGCAUCCUUGCCUGUGUCGUUACGUCUCCUGUGGGAAGACCGCUUGGCACUUUUCACAUGCUAUUGGAGUUGCUUCAAGUAUUCCGUGACUCUAUCAAGUGUCACAGAUCACUCUACCAUGGCGCCAAAAUCCUUCACCAAGAUAUAUCGCCAGGGAAUAUAAUCAUCCUCGAUGGUCAAGACGAACAAAAGCCAAAGGGGAUCCUGAUAGACCUCGACUCCGCAAUCGAGCUCGCUGAAUUAUUAGAAACUGAGCGUGGAAUUACCGGCACCAGGCCAUUCAUAGCUAUCGGCGUUCUGAAGAAGGAACUGCAUUCCUAUCGACAUGAUCUCGAGUCCUCCUUCUACGUUUUUCUAUGGACGAUCAUAACGAACCACGCAGAUGACCCUCCUGAGACAAGCAAGCUUCGGCAAUGGAGUAAGGGCGAGUGGGAGGAACUGGCAGUGCGCAAGUCGCUUGACAUGUGUCAGGAUAGCUUCCAUAGUAUUCUAGAGGAAUUUAAGGUAGAAUUCGAGUCUCUCAAGCCGGUGGCUAAAAGGUUACAUCGAAUUUUGUUUCCGAUGCGGGAUGGGAUUAUUUGGACGGAGACUGACGGAUCGCCUGAGGCUGUGGACAAGCUUUACGAUGGGAUGAUUGAGGCGCUUGAGGAGGCCAUUGCGUUAGAGGGUCGGAGAUAG